UGGACCGUAAAAAAAUAAGAGCAUAUGAAACAGAAAGACCGCCUUUGGCAUUGUUUUCAACAAAUUUGGGACUCUCCGGCAUCGAAACCCAGGUUUCUUAAUGUUUGUUGUUGCUGCUCCCUGAAAGCUCCUCUUUGGAGCUGCGCGAAGAUUUGCAGAUGAAACUUUUUAUCUUCGGACUAUUGGUCACUAUAGUAGACGGAAUUUCUCUGAAUGUGGAAACGGAGGAGACUGUUACAGCAUCUUUAGGCGGAAAUGUUACCUUCAGCUGCACUUUACAUUUUAAAGACAUUGUACAGGUCACUUGGCAAAAGUUACAUGGUCAAUCUGAGGAUAAUAUUGCUACAUUUAGUGAAAAAAAUGGAGCCCAUGUACUUGAGUCAUUUGGUGGUAGAGCUACUUUCGUACAAUCAAAGCUGCAAAUGUCCACCCUUGUAGUGUCUGGAGUGAUGUUUGAAGAUGAAGGAUGUUAUCAUUGUGUUUUUACUACAUUCCUAGAUGGCAAUAAGAUUGGGAAGACCUGCCUGAUUGUACAUGCAAAGGAUGUAAACGUGGAGACACAGGAGAAUAUCACAGCAGUUUUAGGUGGAAAUGUAACCUUCAGCUGCACGUCUUAUUUAAAAGAUAUCCUAGAGGUCACUUGGCAAAAGUUAAAUGGUCAAUCUGAGGAUAAUAUUGCUACAUUUAGUGAAAAAAAUGGAGGCAGUUUUUCGGUGUCAUUUAGUGGUAGAGCUGCUUUCAAACCAUCAAGGGUACAAGUAUCUACUAUUGUACUGUCUGGAGUAAGGCUUGAAGAUGAAGGAUGUUAUCACUGUGUCUUUAAUACAUCGAGAACUGGCCAAAACAUCGGGAAGACAUGCCUCACUGUAUUUGCACACACAUCACCAAAAAACUUGCAGCACCAUACUUGGAUUGUUCUAGUACUGGUAGCAAUUCUGAUAGUUGUACUAAUGUCCAGCCACCAGUGCUACAAAAAGAGAUGUCAGCUAAGAAAUCGCCAGACGUGAUGGAAUAGCACUGCUUCAGAAUUUGCCAAAAUCCACAUUCUUAAGAUGCUGCCAGAACUGCUGAUCUUUUCCAGAACUUCUGGAUUUUAUUUCAGGCUCCAGCGUCCGCAGUAUUUUGAUUUUAUUUGAAAGUUUAUGGAAAUCCUUGACUGCCCACACAUCACAAUAUCCUCUUGACCUUCCAGUUGAGUCCAAAGGAAUGUAAAACAUUGUAAAUAAAAUACUGCCAUUGCUGUUUUCAUGAAAAAA